UAUUAAUCUAUGGGGAGACAUGACAACUCAGAUUGAAGAAAUAGGAGGAACAAUUGAAAGACGAUUGAAUGAGCCUGGAGUAUCAGUAGAUGAGUCAUCUGAAUCAUCAUUGAAAAAGGCAUUUUCAGAUCUUUGUCAUGCAUGUCGAAUUGGGGAUAGGGAUGUUGUGGAAAUUUUACUUUCGAUACCGAAUUUAGAUAUUAAUCAAAUGGAUGAUUUUAAUUAUUCACCUUUAAUUUUACUGUCAUUAUGUGGUCAUAUGGAUGUUGUAGAAUUAUUACUUUCUCGUGGAGCAAUAUGUGAUAGAGAUACUUUUGAAGGUGCUCGUUGUAUUUAUGGAGCUUUAACAGAUGAAAUUAGAGAUUUAUUAAUAAGUUUUGAUAUUUCAAAAGCAGUAGAUUUAGAUCAACCAUUUGCAAGUCAUGUAUCUUCACUUUUAAUAACAUCAAAUGAAGUAAUUACUAAAGAUAUUAUAUUCCGAUUUGGAGAUAAAUAUCUAAAAUUAAAUCGUUUCAUGUUAUCAGCUAGAUCACCUCAUUUUCAAGAGAAAAUUAUUAAUGAUUGGAAAUAUAAAUCUAUAAUUGAUUUUCCUGAAGAUAAUUUUAAAUCUUUUAAAGUAAUUGCUGAUUAUAUAUAUGUUAGAGCUGAUGGGAUUUCAAUUGGUUCAAGAGAAAAUCAUGAUGAAGUAAUAAGAAUUGCUAAACAAUUUCAAUUAACUGAUUUAAUUAGUAGUAUUGAACAAUUAAAAGAUGCAUGCAACACUAAGGAAAGAACAAAAAUAAUGUAUGAUAUUUCUUUUAGAUUAGUUGAAAGGGCUAGGUCUGGGUUAGACGAUUUCUUACAAAAACAUAUACUAGGGGGGAAAUUAGUUGUUGAAAUUGAAAUACCUGACGAAGAAACACUUGAAGAAUUAGAUUGUACAAAAUAUAUUUCAGAUGUUCAAAAGAAAAAAUUAUUAGAAACUUCAGCUAUUCCAGAUAUUAUUCUUGCUUCAAUUGAUUAUGAUACUGAAUCGAUUACUUAUUAUCCUGUAAAUAAAGCAAUAAUAGCGAGAUCAGAAUACUUUGAUACUAUGUUUAAAUCUGAAAUAUUCUUAGAAGCCAAUCGAGAAUUACCAUUAGUAUCUCCAAAUAAACAGGAUGAAUUUGGUGAUGUAAUAAAGCGUGAAUCUUUAGUACCAGAUGAUAUUUCAAUAAUUAGAAUUUCUACUGCAUCAGCCAGUUCAGAAGUAGCUGAAAUGAUUUUAUCUUUCUUAUAUCAUGAUAAUAUACUAUAUAUCCCACUUCGAUUAACAGUGGAAUUAUUAUUUGUGGCAGAUGAAUUAUUCUUGGAUAGGUUAAAGACAAUGUGUGCAGUAAAUAUAUCUUCAAAUUUUGAUAAAUUUAAUCAAGAAGAAUUCUUUGGUAUAGAAAAAGAUGUCGGAUACAAUGUUUAUGAUUUAGUGCGAGUUUCCUGGAAGACAAGAUGUGCUAAAUUAGAACAUCAUACUUCUAAGAUGCUUGCCUAUAAUUUAGAGCAUAUUUAUGAAGAUGCUAAACAAAGAAAGGCAUUUUCGGCAUUAAUUAAAGAAUCAGCUGAUCGAAUUGAAGAAAGACAUGAAACUGAUACAAUUGAACUUAUUGAUGAUAUAAGAUAUUAUUUAUCAAAGAAAUAUGCUAUAGGAGAAGAUUUUGAAGAACUUGACCCUGUUAGAGCAUUUAUGAAGGGUGAACAACUGAUUGAUACGGUUGAUUAUAAACGAGAAGAAUUAAGACUUUAUAAGAAUUCCAGAAUAAGUUAUGAACGAGAUAUUGAUAGAAUUGAUGCAUUAUUGGAUGGUUUACAAUUAGAUGCAUAAAUUAUUUUAUAUAGGUUAGGUUGCAAAAUUUAUUUAUUUAUCUAUCUAUCUAUCGUGUGUCACGGGGUGUGAGGUCACGUUCCUCGAGCCCAUCUCUGCUUCUGAAAAAAAAUUAUUAUAUCGAUCUCAUUACUAUGUAUAGU